AUGGCACAUGGUAUUUCUGAUCCGGAAAAUAAGAAAGAAUAUUUCGAUUCCACUAGUGAUCUGAACAAUAAAUUAGAUCAAUUGGCUCAGUGGAUUAAAGAAAGUCGACAUUUUAUUGUAUUUACCGGAGCUGGUAUAUCCACAUCGACUGGCAUUCCUGACUUUCGCAGUGGAAUGGAUACUGUCUUACAGACCGGACCAGGAGAAUGGGAGCUUCAAGAUCAUAAAGCCAAUCGAUUGAAGUCAUCAACUGUUAUUGAUGAUAUGCAAAAAGCGAUACCAUCUCUUGCUCAUAUGGCACUUGUCGCUUUACAACGUCAAGGUAUUCUGAAAUGUGUUGUUUCACAAAAUUUUGAUGGUCUUCAUUUACGGAGCGGCUUGAAUCCGAUGGGUCUCGCCGAAUUACAUGGUAACAUGAAUUUAGAAACAUGUUCUACAUGUGGAGCCAAGUAUUUACGUGAUUUCGAUACAGUUGGCAAUCGGAAGCAUAAUACAGGUCGUCGAUGUGACAAGCUAAAUUGUCGUGGUCGAUUAAAAGAUUCGAUUAUUAACUUUGGCGAAGAUUUACCGGAAGAUGAGCUGGAAAAAGCAUUUGAUCAUGCAGAACAAGCUGAUCUUUGUCUCGUUCUAGGUAGUAGUUUGACCGUCACACCAGCCGCUGACGUACCGAAACUUGUGGCGAAACGCAAACAAAAAUUAGCUAUUGGCAAUCUGCAACGAACACCUUUGCACAAAAUCGCCACACUCAAUAUUCAUGCAUUUAGUGACACUAUCAUGCAAGGUAUCAUGGAACGAUUGAAUAUACCAAUUCCAAAAUGGAUCCUUCGACGACGAGUUCAUAUCAAUUGUCGGCAUGAUUCGAGUGCUCGUCGAUCAAAAAUUGAUUCAGCAACUCAUUCAUCAACCGUUUGCAUUUGA